AUGAUGCCUGAUCAAGCCAACGAACUUGAAAAGGAUUACAAUGCCAACGAAGAGGAGUUUGAACGUCUUGAUCUAAGUUUGUGCUCAAAAAUCUUUGUGGAGAUUGAUAGAGCACUCAAUGACCAACAUGAAACGAUCAACCCAUCCUUCUGCGAUUGGUCACGUGUGGAGAUGAAGGUUCUUCCGAAACGAAAAAAUUCAAGGAGUCCAAAUUUCAAAUCUGGGGCUAGUAGGCAGAGUCGUGAAAGUGGAAAAAGAAAACACGGUUCCCGGGGCAGCACUGGAAAAAUUUCAAAGGCGCCAACUUCAAAUAACAAGUCAUCUUCAAGGUCACCGAAUAAUCGGGAACCAUCAGUUCAAAUGAAACAAAAUGAAAAUUCCGAGGUUAACUCUGAACUAUUUUCAACUCCAAUUGAUCCAAUAAACUUUAUUAAUCAAUAUCGGGAGAGAAAACUGACUAAGUUAAGGGAAAAAAUGGGAGAAAUUGGUCAUGAUGCUUCGGGAUGGGAUUCAAAACUACCGGUUACUUCGGAAUAA